CAGACCCGCCGCCUUUUAUAAAGCAGCGUGCAGCUAUUCCCCUCAAAUGACUGGACUGUUCCGAGAGGGACCGAUAACGCUUGGCUUUUAUUAGGCUAUUUACCAUUUCAGUCUCAUUUACCGUUAACCUACUACAGAGAAAGAACUCCAUCCUAAUGCGUAAAAAUCUUGAUAACAACGUGCUUAAGUUCAAACGCUGAUCGCGUUCAAAAUCUCGUGUGGGUGAAUCAAGACUGGGUACGGGCUUGCGGACAGCGCUACAGUUCGAGCCGCUACCCACAUCAAGUGACAGGAAAACGUCGUUUGAAGAUUACUGGCUACGUGAGAGGUAGACUUUUAAACUUUAAACGCGACGAUAGGUGGAGGAAACAGCGGGGGGGAAGCCGACCCAUAAAAACUAGCCAAGGCACCGGAAUACGAACUUGAAGAGAUCUGGGUGUUUUCCACAAAACUCUCAGUGCGCAAAUGGAGGCAAUGCGAUCUAUUACCAAUAUGGAUCUUCCACCUCAGAAUCUCCUGUCAUCAAUCAGCUGUUUCGACCAAACUGACUCGGUACCACAUCAGCCAGGAGGACUGGUCGCGGGCCGAAUUGGGGCACUUGGCUUACCUACCGGAUCUAUGAGGGAGAGGUACGGGGAAAGUGGCGACAUGAAUACGGUAGCAGAGAGCAGCGGCGGGGAGCAGAGCCCGGACGAUGACAGCGAUGAAAGGUGCUACUUGACAGACACAGUGGCGUGCAGUGGUCAGUCUUACGUGGGUAAGAAACACGGAGAGCAGAAAUCGCUGAGGCUGAACAUAAACGCGCGCGAGCGGAGGCGUAUGCACGACCUGAACGAUGCGCUGGACGAGCUGAGGUCAGUGAUCCCGUACGCGCACAGCCCUUCUGUAAGGAAACUCUCAAAAAUUGCUACUCUGCUCCUGGCCAAAAAUUACAUCCUCAUGCAGGCGCAGGCAUUAGAGGAAAUGAAAAGGUUGGUGGCUUAUCUAAACCAAAGUCAAGGCAUUUCUACAACUUCUCUGACCCCAGCACCUGCACCCAGUCCAGCCUUGGGUGGCUACGAACAACAAAGCCGUUACGCAUUCGGUGCGGGACUUACAGUCUCGUCGUGUGCCGAUAAAUGCGCACUUUUCAGCAACCUCACAUCCAGUGUCUACAAGCCGUGUGCGGACAAGCCCUAAAUGCAAAAAAAAAAAAAAAAAAAAAACGAAAAUGACUCAGAGUCUAUUUUAACAAAAUAUUUAGACCGGAAUCACCUUCACUCUACCAGGAAAAAAGAAAAAUGUUUGUAGGCCUAGUUAUCAACUCACCCAAAGUGGCGCAGUUUGAAAACUAAUUUCUGUAUAUGUGUGUGAAAACCAUUAUGGCAAGUUACAAGUGAUUUUAAUUUGAUCGUUUUAAAAAGUAAGGUUUGUAACGGGACAUUUUCGAUUUCAUGGAGGGUAUGAAUAUUCCGUGCUUACACAGGGUCCCAGUUCAUACAUGAGGGCUAAAUGCAUCUUUAACAUGUUAUUAAGUGUUAAUCAAUUUCAUCUGCAUAAUCAUUUGAUCUUACUGCCUGUGGUAUUGCUAUCCAUUAUACAAUUAUCAUGCUCAAUGUAGGCCUGUGUAUACUUGACUUAUUUCCAUCAAGGUAAGCAUGAUAAUGCAGUUGUCAUGGCAAUGUUAAUUGAGUGAUUUUAGCCAAUGUAUAGCCCACGAUUGUGAAAGAACGGAGGCAGCUACGGCUGUUGAGGGUAACUGUCUGGAACUCCAAAUUCCCAAAUGUUGGAUGAUUCUGCAAACAACCAAUGCUCAUUAGGCAGCAUGUAACGUCCAUGGUUCUGAAAAAGUUAUUUUGUCCAUGCCCUUAAUUUUCCCAGAGUGUUUGUUUCAUCACUUUAACAUUGAUUUAUUCGGACAACUUGAAACUGCCUGUUCGCUGCAUUGGUAGCCUACUGUUGUGGGAGAAGGGGGUGUUAUAUUUUCUGCUGGUGUUUUUAAUUCCACUAGGCUUAAUGCAGUAUCUUUCUUGGGGUGACGUUAAACUGUUUAAGCUGCUUGCCAGAUCAAAGGCAUAAAAUCACGAGGCUACAUAUGUUGGCUCACACAGUGCAGCACACGAAGAACACCUGUAAUUAUUAUUGUUUUCGAAGGCUUUAUUAAAAUAUUUUGAACAAAA